AUGGAGGUUUCAGAUUACAGAGUCAUUCAGAAGGAAGUCAGCAGUCAAGGGUGUACUGUUGAUGUUGUAAAUGCUAGCCCUGUAGAGAGGAAGCAGCCUGGCUGCGUAAGGGUCUCUGUAGAGGAGACUGCUUACCCGUGUGGUUCUCGCACAGGAAGCUUGCAGAGCACCUUGAGAAGCAGCACACGGCAGUGCCUGCUUGAGCUCCGGGAGUAUUACAAGAUCAGUGCUGCCAUAGCAGCUGUUAGAGAAUCUUUGCUUUGUAUCUCUUGCAGCUUUUGUAAAAAGGAAGAUCACAACAAAGAGAAUCUCUUUAACAGCCUGAACUAUGAUGUUGCUGCCAAGAAGAGGAAAAAAGACCUGCUGAAUAACAAAGCCAAGAUCCAAUAUUUCCACCAAGAGAAGUGGAUCUAUGUUCACAAGGGGAGCACAAAAGAGCGCCAUGGUUACUGUACUUUGGGAGAAGCUUUCAACAGACUUGACUUCUCAAGUGCUAUCCUAGACUCCAGACGAUUCAACUACGUUGUGAGGCUGUUGGAGCUGAUAGCAAAGUCUCAGCUGACGUCACUGAGUGGCAUUGCCCAGAAGAACUACAUGAACAUUUUGGAAAAAGUGGUGCAGAAAGUUCUUGAAGAUCAGCAGAACAUCAGACUAAUAAGGGAAUUGCUGCAGACUCUCUACACAUCCCUCUGCACCUUGGUUCAACGGGUUGGCAAGUCUGUGCUGGUUGGAAACAUCAACAUGUGGGUGCACAGGAUGGAGACUAUUCUCCACUGGCAGCAGCAGCUGAACAACAUUCAAAUCACCAGGCCUGCCUUUAAAGGAACUACUUUCACAGACCUGCCGUUGUGUUUGCAAUUAAACAUCAUGCAGCGACUGAGUGAUGGGAGAGACCUGGUUAGCCUUGGUCAAGUGGCUCCUGACCUGCAAGUGCUCAGCGAAGACCGGCUGCUGUGGAAAAAACUCUGCCAGUACCACUUCACAGACAGACAGAUUCGCAAACGGCUAAUCUUAUCUGACAAGGGACAGCUGGAUUGGAAAAAGAUGUACUUCAAACUCAUCAGGUGUUACCCACGGAAGGAGCAGUAUGGUGACACGCUGCAGCUAUGCAGGCACUGCCACAUCCUCUCCUGGAAGGGUACCGAUCACCCUUGCACAGCCAACAACCCGGAGACGUGCUCCACUUCUCUUUCACCGCAAGACUUUAUCAACUUGUUCAGAUUCUGAACUCGGUUCAUCACAGCUUUCGCGAUUCUUACAGGACACUUUAUGCCACUGAGCUUGGACACUCCAUUUUGUAAAUAGUGUAAAUAUUCAUGUCUGUUUGAAGCUCCUGAGUCAAGGAACAAGAGGAUCUUGGAGACGAAAGGUGACAUUGCUCACUGAUGCGCAGCACUUAAGGAAUACAGACUUCCGUAGGACUGGUGUAUGAAUGCAGCAUGUUGUACAGAGUCCCUUUUCUCUGAUCAGAGUACAAGAUACAGGGCAGAAACUUCAUUUUUGUUUUUAGAAGUUAAAAAUGAAUUUGUCCCACAGCCAUUUGAGAGCUUUCUUGGUUUGUUUCUAAUAAUCGAGAGAAAGCAAUAUGAGGCUAGGACUGUUGAACUGUUUCUCCAUCUGGUUUUAUUUAGCAUAUGUAUUUAUAAUUAUGACAUUUUAAAAGUAUUUAUGAAAAGUAUCCCUGUGACAAGUUUAAUAAUUUUAUGCUUUUUAAAAAGACACAUUCUGAAAUACUUAGCGUAGAACUCUAGCCUACUUACAAAAGAGAAUCAUACCAUACCAUUUUCUACCUCUAAUAGAUGGAGUACCUUUCAAACAAAAAUCCAGUGUACAAUGUGAACUUUUGUAUUUUGUACAAUGAUUUAAAGGGAAAUGUUUAUGAUAGUAAGCAUCUUUUCUUGCAUUAAUGCUUACCUCUCUACAUUAAUUUUCUUGCUCCACUCAGUGCUUGAAUGCCUAGAUGAUAGGCACCGUUAUGAAUACCUAAGACUUUACUCCAUCCUCUUAAUUGGUUGGUUUUAUGAAAGACUAAGCAAAAGGAAAAAGAAAAGCCACAAGGAUGAAAAUUAUCUAAGAGGGAGGAAGCUCUACUGCAGAGAAAUAAGAGACUGGAUUUAAUCUCACAGUGUAAAUUCAUAUCCACUCCACUAAGUUACUUGCACUGGUUGAAAUCCCAAGUGAGAUGAGAAUCUGGUUCUUCAAGCCCAUCUUUUCCUUAUUUUUCCAAUGUACGCUGCUCUCUAUUCCCACUGCUAUCAAAUGAAUUGAAUCAUCUUAGAGCUGGUAAAAUGUAGGGAGAACUGGGCCAUUAAAUCUAGUGAAAUGAUGCAGUUCUUAAUCGCUGAAAGAUUGGCAGCAUCUUGUUUAAUCUCCGACUGCUGGAAUUCAGGGUGAUGUGAGAGACAGUACAAAGAAACCAGUUGGUGCUUUUCUAAAAAGUGCAGUCAGGACUGAGAUAAGCAAGGGACUUCCAACAUGGCACUUGACGUCUUCAGUUAUUUGUGUGCUAAGGAAAUGGAGAAGACCCAUGUAGCCCAUUCUGACCUUCUUUAUGGGCUCGUCUAACACUAGCCUAGAGUUAAAUUUUCAGUCCUGUGGAGUAAGUGGCCAGGCUUGUGCUUGCUUCAUCAUGGUGAAGGUUUGGUUUUCAGUCCCCUCUGUUGCAUAUAAUUCUGUACUUUUCACCAAGCCGGAGCUAGAAGAAUCCAGCGAAUACAUAAGAAUUUGAAAACCUGCAUUGGAAAGCUUUUUGCCAUUAGCCAGUAGAUUUCCUGUAUAGCACUUUCUCUGUGUGCAAUGUAAGCAGGGUACCUCAGGAGCGUAAAUAUUAGCGAGUUGUAUGUUAACUGUGCACAAAGAAUUGUGAGGAAGAGGAGUACUCAGGACAAUUCAGGAAGAACUACUUGAGUUAAUUAUUGUUAAAUAUUCUGUUCUUUUUUUUUACAUUUUUAUAACUGACUUUCAACACUUCUGCAGCUGUUUAUAUAUAUAAAAAUGGACAGUAUUUGCAUUUUUGCAAACUGAAUCACUUUGUGUACUCUUGGAAGAGAUGCAAAAAGGGAAAAAAUCCUCCUAGAUGGAGCAGUGAGGAAGGGAGGUAGAAACCUUGGGAAGGGGGAAGCCAGGAGAACACUGACAAGAACUGCCAUUCUGCUGUAUUCCAAAAAGCAAAGUGUUUUUUUUCUAGAAAACUCUCUAGGAGCCAGUGCUACUCUUAAACAUGUCAGAGGCUGGCACUGUCCAGGGAAGAGGAAAAAACAUGCUGGAUAGGGAACUUUAUCUUUGUGUUGAUGCCCUCUCCAUCAGCUUGAUUGCUGGGUGGGAAGCAUAAGCCUGCUGAUUAUGUUCAUGUCAACUGAAAGUGAUUUAAAAGCUGUUACCUUGGAAAAAAUGAACUUGAGCUUGCUGGGUGUAUUCCGUCACGAGCGAAGGAGGCCAGUUUGUUUGCAUUCCCACAUUGAUGUCAGUGGGUUAAUGAGGCUGAAAUUUGACUUGGUGAAAGUGGAUGUUAAGGACAGGAACUUGUAAGUGAAGUAUUGCCACUGUAUUUGGAGAUUCUCAUUAUUUCCUCUUUUAGCAGUGAGAGGACUUGUGUGACCCUCUGCAUCUCCUGCCUCCAGCCCUGACCUUGGGCUGGUUUGUUUUGUAUGCUCGCUUCCUCCAUCCGUAGCGAGUCAGCCUGUUGCGACUGGAGAUGCAGUGGUGUAUCAGAAUGAAAUGCUGGGUCGUCUUACUAAUCUGCUUUGGUCUGAGGUUUUACUUAUCAAAUAACUUACCCACUGUGAGACUGUGACAUUGGGUGAACUUAAGCUCAGGUUUAAAUUUGGCCUAGUGCAUUCCCUGCACUGCAAGACAGGUGAUUCCAGCACUUGGCUGUGAUUUGAGAACUUCUCAGCUCCAACCUUGCCUCUAUCAGCCCUUCUCUGGUCUUGAGCAAAUAGUUCAUCUUGUACCCUCUGCCCAGAAAGCAUGGAUAAUACUGACAACCUACCUAUCUAUGUGCACCAGAGGCUCCUAUUUAUGAAGUUUAUUUCAGUUAGAAUGGUUUUUUCUGAUCCCUUAAUCUCUACGUAGAUCUUAAAGGGUCAAAGUACCGAGGACUGAUUUGUUUGUACACACAAACGCUUUUGCAUUACUCGUGCAGGGCCCUGCGGCAUUGCUGUCAGUAUCCAAAGCAGCAGAAGACCAAGUAACUAUUGAAUUAAAGAACAAAACCAACUGAAGUCUACUAGGAAAAGAAAUGGGAUAUGCUUCAUUCAAUUAUUGCCUCAGUCAUUGUGUUUCUGCUGCAGCAACUGUCAAAUACGACCUUGUGUUACAAUGGUUGGUACAGAGCAAUGUUGUGGUGGAUUAGUACUAUUUUUUGUAUUUAAAACAAAAUGCUGUUUCUAUCCAAAGACCUUCGUCUAUCCACUUGAACAAAACCCUCAGUACUUCAGCAGCACAAAGGCAUCUGCUUGGCUUAGGUUGGCGGGGUAACAAACUACUGUGAUAACUUGGGCUUCUAGGCAGAAUGGUGUAAGGCUGCCCUUGCACAAAAAACCUCCUUUUUUUUUUUUAAGGAGAACUAGUGAAUCUAUUGUGAAUGGAAAACAGGCUUUUACUUCUGUUUUGGAAAUAGAACGUUCUUUUGCAAUGGCAGUUCUCUCUGAGCUAGCGGAUGCGUCUCCGUUAGGAGUACAUCAGUUUUCCCGCUAUGAAAGGAAGGCUUCACUGUUUUGGGGUUUUUUCCUGCCCGCAUAAAUCCAAAGAAAUGUGACCGUCUUCAGUGGAACUGCUGUGCGUCAACCAGCGCAGCGGUGCAGAGCGUGGUGCUGUAAAGAGGAAAAACAGAUCCAUGCCAGGGAGGAGGCUAAAGGAGAGAGAGAGAGAGAGACCUUAGCAUUUCAGCUUUUUAGAAGAGGCAAGUAUUUGGAGUUAACUUUAAUGUGAUAGCCACUUCAAGAGGCACAAUUUCAGCUGUACAUACUUUAAGCUGUUUAUACUAACUAUGGGAUGGCAAAGUUUGAUCAAAUGUGUGCACCUCCUCUUAUAUUGUUUGGGUUUCUUCAAUUGCUGGAGUUUCUAGAGCCUUUUAUUUUGUAAAGUGUUUAGGAAAACUUGUGUUGCUCUGCAGGCAUGCUUUGUAUGUAAACAUUUAAUUGCACCCUGCCACUUUCUGUAUAUGGGAGUCUCUUUAUUUUUGUUUGCCCCCCGGGUUUUGAACUGCAGUAGUGACAGCUUGUGUUCCCAUUCGUGUUUGACUUCAGUUACUCUUGCAAAGCUAUCUCCUACAAUAUAUGCAGGUAGUUAACCAGCUUUUCCUGCCUGGAAAAUUCCUUAGCUGUUAGUAGCUACAUUUGAAAUAGAGCAGGAACACUUCAAAUUCUGUUAAAUAGCUAAUAAAUCAGCCAUGCUGUUUCAUGCUUAUCUGCUGUUCAGUACAGCAAGCCAAUGUUGUCCUCUGGGGUGUUCUUACAAACCCGUGGCACAGCUUCCCCACGAAGCAGCACCUUGCCAAAAGAAAUAGCUUUAAAUGAAAAUGCCACUCUGUCUAGCUGGCCUGUUUGGGGGGGGGGGGGGGUCUGGGGG